AUGUCUUUGGCUGUUGGAGCCAUGGGAUUGGACGAAAACAAGGAGGGUAAAGAGGGGAACCCUGUUUCGGAAACUAAUAAAACAGGUGCAGAUCAUGCUGACUCGGAAAUUGAGCCUGAUACUACUGGGAGGGUUAGCAGGCAAAUGAGUGAGAGUUCUCUGUAUACUACUGAGGACGAGGAGGAUGAAGAUACUGAAUCAAAAAUUCAAUUGGGACCUCAGUGCACUCUCAAAGAACUGUCUGAGAAGGAUAAGGAUGAUGAAAGUUUGAGGAGGUGGAAGGAACAACUUCUUGGGAGUGUUGAUGUGAAUUCUGUUGGAGAAACUCUGGAUCCAGAAGUCAAAAUUUUGAGCCUGGCAAUCAAAUCCCAGGGCAGAGAGGAUAUUUUUCUUACAAUCCCUGAGACUGGAAACCCUAAAGGACCGUGGUUUACUUUGAAAGAGGGAAGUCGUUACAGCCUUAAAUUUACAUUCCAGGUCAGCAACAAUAUUGUUUCAGGCCUCAAGUACAGAAACACUGUUUGGAAAACUGGCAUCAAAGUGGACAGCACCAAAGAAAUGAUUGGAACCUUUAGCCCUCAGUCAGAACCUUAUACACAUGAGAUGCCUGAGGAGACAACCCCGUCUGGCAUAUUUGCUAGAGGAUCAUAUUCAGCUAAAACACAGUUUCUUGAUGAUGACAACAAGUGCUACUUGGAGAUGAAUUAUACAUUUGAGAUCAAGAAGGAAUGGCAGGCUGCUGCAUAA